UUGACAUUUAUUAAUCAUUAUUAAUCACUACUCGUAUAUAGUUGACUGUCGCUUAUCUACCGUGAUCGUAAUAGUAUUUUACAAUUUACAUAUUUUUAUUACUGUAUAAUAUAUACAACGAACUUUAACAUUAAGAAAGUUGCAUAAAUCUUCUCGCAAUAGUUAAGGCUGUGUUCGCAAAACCACAUUUUUACGAGUUACAAUUGUACAAAUAAAAAAACUUAGACGUGUCUUCGCAUCAACAUCAAAUAAGUAAUACUUAUACUUACACGAUUAGUAUGAAUAGGAACAAAAGUAAUUUAAAAAUGAAUCGAGUGCAGAAAAAUGAAUCCGAAACGAAUUUAACAACUGACGCGUACAGCCUCAUCAAUGAAGAUAAACCGCCAGAUAUCAAAUACGCAAAAGAAAACUCUUGGGUGGCGGGAGUGCAGAUGUUUGCAUCGUUCUUACUGGCUGGCUUUGGAAUGGUCGCCGCCAGCCUGCUACUCGACUAUGUGCAGCAUUGGGAUGUUUUCAAGAAAGUGUCAGAAGUUUACAUUCUAGUGCCAGCCCUGCUUGGGCUUAAAGGUAAUUUAGAAAUGACAUUAGCAUCGCGUUUGUCCACGCAUGCACACUUAGGGCAUCUUGAUACGAAUUUGUAUUCUUUGGUUGUGGGAAAUCUGUGUUUAAUACAAUGUCAGGCUGUGCUAGUAGGGUUCCUGGCUGCUAUGGCAGCAGUGGCCAUGGGAUGGAUACCAGAAGGAAACUUUGAUAUCCAUCAUGCAUUGCUACUUUGUGCAUCUAGUGUAUUGACAGCGUCAUCUGCUAGUUUUGUUCUUGGUUUGAUCAUGAUUGGUGUGAUUGUGGUUUCUAAAAAGAUCAAUAUAAACCCAGACAACAUUGCAACACCCAUUGCUGCUAGUUUGGGUGACCUAACUACGUUGGCACUGUUGUCGUGGAUAGCUUCAUUACUGUACAAGUCUAUUGGCACAAGUGUGAUACUGCCAUCUAUUAUUAUCAUAGUUGGCGCGUCUCUUGUGCCAGUGAGUGGUUAUAUUGCAUGGAAAAAUAAAUUCACUCAACAAGCUUUAGAUGAGGGAUGGGUGCCAGUUGUGUCUGCUAUGGUGAUCAGCAGUGCUGGAGGACUAAUAUUAGAUCACACUGUAUCUGUUUAUAAAGGUAUUGCUGUAUACCAGUUAGUUAUAAACGGUAUAGGUGGCAAUAUGGUAGCUGUUCAUGCUUCGAGACUCUCUACAUCACUUCACACAGGACAAAAGGAAAAUAAUGUGAUUAGUAAUACUACUAAACUAUUACUUUUGAUGGUAAUACCAGGGCAAUUAAUAUUCAUUUACACUAUAGGGUACUUAAGAGCUGGUCAUACAUCCACAACACCAAUGUUUAUUUUGAUCUACAUGUCAGCUGCAUUGUUACAAGUGUUUUUGUUGUUGACAAUCAGUCAUUAUAUGAUUGUGUGGAUGUGGAAGAUGGGAAUGGAUCCUGAUAAUUCAGCCAUACCUUAUCUCACUGCGCUGGGAGAUUUGCUUGGUACAGCUCUAUUAGGUAUAGCUUUUAGUAUAUUAUAUGCAAUAGGUGAUAAGGACAGUGACUUAGGUGACUAGAGAUAUUUUUUUAUCUUCACUCUUGAUCUGUUUCAUCUGAUAUAGAUACCUACUGAUAUUAUUUUAAGAAAACACGGCAUUACUUAUUUCUACAAUUACUGUGCCAUGUUAAUUUUUAUUUACUUUUUCUCUGUUUCUGCUACUAGAGGCCAAAUUGAGAAAAGCAGCAGUUUAUUGUACUAUUUGAUGUCAAUGUAAUAUUCUCUUUCUUGUCUUAUUUGUUGUUUAAUGUUGAAUGUGUUACUUUAAUUACAUAUGUACUUAUUUGACUUAACUUAAGAAAACUACAUAUAAUAAUGUUUAUGGGUGCUAUUGAAAACUUCUUAAAAAUAUAUUUUUGUAAGAAAGACAAAUUGAUAAUAUUGAUAUAUUGUUAUAAGAAUAAACUUGUUGAUUUUGAUCUCCA